CGAUAUUUCAGGCAAAGUGGCUCAUCAGAGAUGUUGCUGGACCAAGUGAGGGCGAUGGAAGGCGACCUUCAGGUGUAUCGCAGGGCGUUAGCUGCAGGCGACCAAGGUCGGGAGUUGAGAGACAUGAGGAGAUACAUGUCGUUUGCCGAGAAGCACGGGGAUGGAAGUUUGUGGCCAGGGUGGAAGUUCGUUCGCGGGACUCUCGUCGGCACCCCGUCCGUCGCCGUGUUGAACACAAUCUACAACGCCGGGCAUGAUGAGGAAAAGGACUACAUGAGGCGCGUGAUUCAAGCCGAGUGCGAGGGCCAAAUUGUCAACAUGGAUGGCACGUGGCGCAUCGGUUUGAGGGUGCCUGGAGUACCCGCUUGCCUUUAUUUCUUGUUGGGGGAGAACGCCAAGGUCCACGACUACGGAGCUAUCACAAGCGAAAGCAAGUCAGAGCUCCGUCCACUUUUCAUGAGGUACGCGGAUAGACGAAGGCGGAACGGCACGUUGCCCACACUUCAGUACCUGUACGACGACAUGUGCUGCAAGAACGCUGUGGACGUGACGGAGCCAUGGAUGAAGUCGAUUUUCACGGGCUUGUCGCGAGCGGCGCUUUCAGAUUCUUUCCACUUCGGACAGGUACAAAAUUCCUUCAUGACGUUGCAACAGGAGGAAAUGUUGAUGUUUUUAAUCGUUGUUCACUCAUUCGUUUGAUAGCGCACCAGACAUCGUACUGAAGGUCUCCUUCGUUUUGCAUCCCAUACGUCGUACCUGAACCACUUUUUUGCCCCGUCGCGUGCAUCCCCUCGUUCCACAUUGUUGGUAUUCUACUGCGGUUUUCCGUUGACACCCUCUCCGUAGACUCUUGUGGGUGCAACUACAUCCAAAGUCCACCCACGAAGGGCUACGUUCGCGGCGGGAGUUGGACAGAUUGUCCGCCACCGGUACCAACCUGAUGUUGAUGAGGUUGUGGCGUACUUGCAGCGUGAGAAUCGGGGGUUGUCGAAGGUAGACGCGGAGGUACUGGCUAAAAAGAGAGCAUGGUCAGCUUGCGUGAGGACUAUUUCCCGACCAGCCGACGUAGUGGAGAAGG